UGAAGAUGCAGGAAAAGCUUGCAACAAAUUGUCGGCCUGCACAAACUUCCGUUUUAAAUGUUAUUAUUGGGACGUUGAUGCUAGUCGAUGUUAGUAAACAAACAAAAGGGAGGUCUUCGUCGGAAAGGGCUUAAUUUUUCAUAAGCAAACGUCACCGAUUGGCGAUGGAAGUUCAGGAGUUCUGCGAAAAUAUGGAGGAGAUCGAAGAUGAAAACUACGACGAGGAGAAGUCAGCUAGAACCUCGGAUGAAAAUCGCAAGCAAAAUCACAGCGAGAUCGAGAAGCGGCGUCGGGACAAGAUGAACACGUACAUCAACGAGCUCUCCUCCAUGAUUCCCAUGUGCUUUGCGAUGCAGCGAAAGCUGGACAAACUGACUGUGCUCCGGAUGGCAGUGCAGCAUCUGCGAGGGAUCCGUGGCAGCGGCAGCUUACAUCCAUUCAACGGAUCCGAUUACCGGCCUAGCUUCCUGUCCGACCAGGAGCUCAAGAUGAUUAUCCUGCAAGCGUCGGAGGGAUUCCUGUUCGUGGUGGGUUGUGACCGAGGACGCAUCCUGUACGUUUCCGAUUCGGUGUCCAGUGUGCUGAACAGCACCCAAGCGGACCUGCUGGGACAGAGCUGGUUCGACGUCCUGCAUCCGAAGGACAUAGGCAAGGUUAAGGAGCAGCUAUCCUCACUGGAACAGUGUCCCAGGGAAAGGCUUAUCGAUGCGAAGACCAUGUUGCCCGUUAAGACCGACGUUCCACAGAGCUUGUGCCGCCUGUGUCCGGGUGCCCGGCGCUCCUUCUUCUGCCGCAUGAAGCUGCGCACUGCCAGCAACAACCAGAUCAAGGAGGAGUCCGAUACGUCCUCCAGCUCCCGGAGCUCCACGAAGCGCAAGUCCAGACUGACUACGGGCCACAAGUACCGGGUUAUCCAGUGCACGGGCUACCUCAAGUCCUGGACACCCAUCAAGGACGAGGACCAGGACGCCGACAGCGACGAGCAAACAACGAAUCUAUCCUGCCUUGUGGCAAUUGGUCGCAUUCCGCCCAACGUUCGCAACUCCACAGUACCCGCCUCGCUGGACAAUCACCCGAACAUACGGCACGUGCUCUUCAUCUCGCGCCACUCCGGCGAGGGCAAGUUCCUGUUCAUAGACCAGCGUGCCACCCUCGUGAUUGGUUUCCUGCCUCAGGAGAUCCUCGGCACCAGCUUCUACGAGUACUUCCACAACGAAGACAUCGCUGCGCUGAUGGAGUCUCACAAGAUGGUGAUGCAGGUGCCGGAAAAGGUGACCACUCAGGUCUACCGCUUCCGGUGCAAGGACAACAGCUACAUUCAGCUGCAGAGCGAGUGGCGGGCCUUCAAGAAUCCCUGGACGAGCGAGAUUGACUAUAUAAUCGCCAAGAAUUCCGUGUUCUUAUAAGGCAUACGAACGUUCCGAUGGGGAACAUUACUUUUAUUUAUUCCACUACAAUCCGACAUUUGUAUACACUCCAAAGAUCUUCAUCCGCAUCGAGUUGCUGGCGCCGGCGUUUGAAAUUCCAUAUUCGAUAUACAAACUUUACCUAAUGAUAAGCCCAUCAUUUUUGUACCGCCUCAAUUAAAUUAACUAACAACUUGAAAAGAGAUUCGCUUAGAUAAG